AUGCACCUCUGGUAUACACGACUAUCGAACCCUGCAUUCCAACAGUCCUAUAUUGACCUUAUCAACGGCAUUCAUAGGCAAAGUAUCCGAAAUCUCGUGGCUUGCGCAAGCUUGCUCUUAUCUGGUCUCUUCGACAGACCAGCACCCUGCCGUCAGAAGAGUGUGCCUGAUCAAGAGUGUAUAGCCCAUUUGAACUAUUUUACAGACGAUGAAGCUCUCCUGAGCAUCGACGAGGACUCCGUAAAUGCAUUGCAUUGGCCAGGCGAUAUGACGGCUCGAAUACUUUCCGAGGCAUUUUUCCACGCUCUCCAUGGUAUAUUCGACAGCAUCGAUCGGCAGAAUUUUCUGUUCAAGCUUCAUCAAUUCCCCCGCAAUCAAAGGUCCCUGACGUGGGACCAGCGCAGAUGGCUCGCAGUAACAAAUCUUAUGUGGGCCACCGGAUCAAAGUGGUUGCGUUGCACCUUGCUGGAUGAUGACUCGGGUAUCGAAAACCACCUGGUAUACUAUGCACGAUCUCGAGCUUUAGGGCUGGACCAUCGGGUGAUUCCCGAUCUUGCGGCAAUGGGAAGCAUCAUGAUGCGAAUCCUGGGCAGCGACGCAAAUAAGAUCACUGACCUCGAUAACCGACUCACUAUAUGGGUGAGGAGUCUGCCAGACGAGCUCAACGUCCAGAGUAGGGUUACAACCGCCAGUGACCCUCGCGCAAAGAUUGAUCUUGUAUUGUGUUAUGACAGCAUUAAGCCGAUAUUAUACAGGCUAUGUUUAUACCACAUCGUUAUAUCAGAUGAAUCAAUCUCCUCAAAAGAAUUCAAUAGCAGCAACGCCAGGCAUUGCGUGCGUACGGGAAUGUCGCUGGUUGACAUUCUUCCUGAUGACCCAAGUGCUCAUGAAACAUACCAGUUACUUCCCUGGUGGAACCUGCUUCAUUACCUUGGCCAAGCUACCUCGGUCUUUAUCCUCGAACUGUCACUGGACAUAAAGCACUGUGAGGAUUCUGUGGGCAAAUUGAUACCCUAUAUACUGAAGGCCAUGCUAUAUCUUCGGUGUUUUACCGCCGGCUCACGGUCGGUAUACAAGGCGUGGUGA